GUUUGCACGUCAAGGCAGGCGGACGACGAGGACGAGCGGCGAGAUACUGCGGAAACAAGUGGCAGCAAGUGGCAAGAGCUGAACUUCCGCACCCGGGAAACGGUCGUGUGUGCUCCGAGUGGACGUACGGAAAUACGGAAAAUUCGCAAAAUUCGGACGCGUAUUCGCCGAGUCGGGGAAGCGCCGGCAAGUGCCCGCUGAAGAAUCCCAACUAUGCGUGCGACCACAAAUCAAAAUACGAAUUUAUGAAAAGUGCUCGCUCGCCAGGCAAAAUUAUAGAGUGCGCCAAUCAAAAAGCAAUUCAUUUAACGAAAUUUGCAAAUCAAUUUAGCCGCAGAACACGCACUCAAAGGUUGUUCCACCUAGUCAAAACCCAAACCCAAACUACAGUAAAAGAACCAAACAAGUGAAAAAUAAAUAUACAAAGUGAACUAAAGCGAAGGAGCACCAUGUCGCCAGGAGUGGAGCUGCUGCUGUUGCUCUUGCUCAGCACGUCGCUGCACGCGGAGAUUUCCCACUUGCCUAUGGCCAGCAACCGCAUCAUCCUGGACUCCACGGAGCUGCUCCAGAACCCGCUGAUCCCGGACGCCGGUGUGCAAGCGGCCAGGGCGACGCCACUUCCGCCGCAGAAGUGUCCUUCGCUGCAGCGGUACCGCAAGAUGCUGAAGGACUUCGACGACCUGGAGGACCUCUACGUGGACGUGCCCGUGCACAUAGCUCUGGCGGAGCGGCAGAGGAAGCGAUUUGUGCUGAACCUGAACGACUCGACGCCGCUGACGAUUCGCUUCUCGGCGCCCGUGGGCCGCAAGAUGUACUACAAUCAGACAGGAAACCCCCUACGGCCCGCAGCAGUGGCACCAGGGCCAGGUGUGGCUGUGGGCAGUCUGGUGCUGCCCUGCGCCCUACGCGGCCAGUACGACCUCUUCGUCCUCGCCCGCCACUCGGGAGCCCUCAAGGUGGACGCCCUGGCGGAGCAUCCGCAGCACGACUGGCCCCUCCUCAACGCCACGCACCGGAUCGCCAUUCGCACCCAGAACCGCGUGCGGAAGCGCGAGAUGAUCGUCAAGUGGGAGAGGAGCAAGUUUGAUUUCCAUGUCAUGCACUAUUGCCUGGUGAUUCAGAGACUCUCCAUGGACACGCCGCGGAUGAGCUUCACCAACUUCUGCCAGGCGGUGUCCGCCUACACGGACCAGCGACCCAUGACUCCCAGUUGCGCCGCAGGCGGUCCCUUGGAAGGGAUUUGGGGUGCUCCACCCCAGCGGGAAAGGAGACUUAAUCCCCGGCAGAAUGUGCACAUCGUGUGCACGGGGAAGAGGCGCCAGCAGCUGCUGCGCCGCCUUCUCCCGAGGAGCAGUUACCAUCUGGACCUGUUCGGAAUCCACCAGGGUAGGCAGAACCUCACCCUGCGACUGGCCAGCAGCCAGGUAAACUUCAACCGCACCCAACCCCUGGCCCUGAAGCAGCAGGCUCUGAUGCAACUCAAGAUCGGAGGACAGCACGGGAAGCAGGUGUACAGCUUCAAGGUGCCGCAGACGACUCGCCAGCUGGGGGAGCCGUUCAUGAGGCACCUUUUGAUCCCUUGCUCGGGCAGCGAAAUCCGGGUGAAGCUGCUGCGCCAACGCAGCGAGGUGGGAAAAACGGAGGCCUUCUACAGUCCCACGUACAUUCGACAGAAGGGAGUCCUACCAGGGGAGCGCUAUCUCAUGCGGUUUGAGCCCAGCAACGACGACGAGGCGUUGCGAGCCCAGAAGGUCAUGGUGGCCCUGAGCAGCGAGGCUCUGUUCCGGGAUUUGCCCGAGCUGCCGCAGAACACGACAGUCUUCAAUGUGCGGACGCGGUGCAGUAGAGCCACCAUUGCCUGGAAUGGCUCACCGGAUGAACGGGAGCUGAGCUACUGCAUCAUUGUGUUCAACCUGCCGCAGCGCAAUCGCAGCGUGGUGGACUUCACCAACUACUGCAUGGACUUUGUGCCCAAGCGGGUGAUGCAGUACAGGAACUUCGAGUGGAUGACCUGCAGGGAGAGGCAGCAGAGUCCCGACAACAUCGAGACGGAGACCAUACUGAACCUGAUGCCGGGCUCCAGCUACCUGGUCUACGUGACCGCCAACCUGAGCAUGGGCAAGCCGCUGCCCUACCAGGCGCUGACCCUCCACAUGGCCAGCCAGUGCCUGGACGGAUCGCACGAGUCCUUCUACUAAGCGCUACCAGUGGUGGUCGUAAUCCCCAAUCCAAACCCAUACCCAAGCCCCAAAGCUUCGCUGCAAUUUCGAAUACAAACACUGAACUAUCCGUCGUUGUAAAGCUACCUUAUCCACUACGAUUACUACACUAUCCUACAAAAACUACGCUGGUUAAAAGACUAUAGCUCCAUAUACUAUAUAUAUAUAUAUACAAUAUCGAGGCAUGUGUUGUGUGGGCGAGUGAGUGUGUGCGUGUGACUUCUGAUUGAGUUGCCAUUUGAUUCCAAGUAUUUUCGAGCGCUUAGUUUUGUAAUUUGUAGCUAGCCGUUAAUGUUUGUAUAAACUGUUUCAUUGGUUUCCCACUCCGCUUUAUUCGAUAAGCUCGUUUUCUAGAUUUUAGCCUUAGCACUCCUAGUUUAAUGAUUAAAGUUAGUUUCGCUGUUAAGUUUACACCGUAGUCGAGGCGUCUUGAGUAGUUCUUUUGUACAUUAAGCUUACACUUAGCUCUACAUUAGAUAUACCAUGUCGAACCUACGAGCCUACGAACAUACGAACAUAUAUGUGCGUUGAAAGCGUUGUAUUUUUUGAAGCCGAACUUAUGCAACCGAAAGGAGACAAUAAACAAAUGUGCUAUAAAGGACGAAAGUGUCGCAAAUAAAUGUGAACCACUGCUAAAGAAGA